UAAAUAGUACUGAUACUUAUGCUUGCAGAAAAACUUGUGAUUAAAUAUUAAUAAAGUGCUGAAUUAUUCAACCUAUGACCAAAUCAAAACACAAUGGAUUGUCUGAGACUAUUGUAGUUUUGCUCAGAAUCUGCUCAUAUGAAGGUAUGUUAGUUACUAUACAGAUUCUAAAUGUGGUAGGAGAUACAGGAAAGAAGCUCGAAUCAUACAUCUAGGAUUUUCAUGCCACAUUAGUUCACAACCGUAUUCAGGAAUAUUAUCAGCAGCAGGCUCAAAAAUAAAACAAAGGAAGUCUAUGCAAGGACUCAGUUGUACUAGUGGAAAGUCAAUUAAAAAUUGUAGAAGGACAAGCAUACAGUGACAAGUAUGCUUCAUCAUACCCUUAAAUAAUCACUCACAAACAGCAUCUUUGUUGCCGUUUAAAAUAAGAGAAUGUAUUACUGAACGAAAACAAAUGGAUGGGCUAAGUAUAAUAAUCCAACAGAGGAUCAUAACCUACAAUGAGACUCACAGAAAGAAACUGGCCAUCUUUCUCCCUCUCACUUGUAUAUAUAGGCAGUAAGAAGUGGUGGAAACACAACCAAUUAAAUAACCCUCCUCCAACUUACUGCAGAGGAGCCAUUCCCCAUCAAAGAUGGAUAUCACUCACUUCCUCUGUCUCACUUUGUUGCUCAACUUCCAUUCUCUAAUCAUUCAGGGAAGUGAAAUUUCAUCUGCAAUUGAAACUGAAAAGAAAAAAUUGCAGACUUACAUUGUCCAUGUUGAGCAGCCAGAAGUAGGAGUUCUUGGUCAAGAAAAUCGAGAUGUAGAGAGCUGGCACAAAUCUUUUCUGCCAUUUAGUACUGCAAGGUCAGACACUCGACCACGCAUGGUUUAUCCAUACAAAAAUGUCAUCAGUGGUUUUGCAGCAAGAUUGACAGAGGAGGAAUUGCAAGCCAUGAGAAUGAAAAAGGGGUUUAUCUCAGCACAUCCUCAAAGGAUGCUAUGUACACAGACAACACACACACCCAACUUCCUGGCGCUGCAGCAGGAACUGGGAAUUUGGAAACAAUCAAACUUUGGAAAAGGAGUGAUAAUUGGUGUGCUGGACACAGGAGUUUUGCGUAGCCAUCCUUCAUUCAGUGAUGAAGGAAUGCCACCUCCCCCAGCAAAAUGGAAAGGAAGAUGUGAUUUUACAGCCUUUAAUAACAAACUAAUUGGUGCAAGGUCGUCUUUCAAUAUUGAUGGAAAAAUGACCAAGGGAAUGGGGGUUGAACCACCUAUUGAUGAAGAUGGACAUGGAACUCACACAGCUAGCAUGGCUGCAGGUCAGUUUGUAAACUAUGCUGAUGUGCUGGGAAAUGCCAAAGGUACUGAUGUAGGGAUGGCCACCCUUGCUCAUUUGGCAAUUUAUAAAGUAUGCUUUGGAGAAGACUGUGGAGAUAGCAACAUACUAGCUGCGGUUGAUGCUGCUAUUGAGGAUGGUGUCAAUGUACUCUCACUCUCUCUUGGAGCAGAUGCAGUCCCAUUCUUCCAGGACAACAUAGCUAUAGGUGCAUUUGCAGCAAUGAAGAAUGGAAUAUUUGUUAGUUGUUCAGCCGGAAAUUCUGGCCCUUCCAACAACACAUUAUCCAAUGAAGCCCCAUGGCUUCUCACAGUUGGACCAAGCACCAUUGAUCAAAAAAUUGUAGCCACAGCAAAGCUUGGAAAUGGAGAAGAAUUCGAUGGAGAAUCUGUUUUCCAACCCAAUGACUCUUCCAUGCUGUUACCACUUAUUUAUGCCGGCAUAAAUGGUACAGAGUCUGCACUCUGUAGUGAGGGAUCAUUGAAAGGUACAGAUGUCAAAGGCAAGAUGGUUCUAUGUGAACGAGGAGGUAGAAUAGCAAGAAUUGCUAAAGGACAGGAAGUAAAAAAUGCUGGUGGUGCUGCUAUGAUUCUCAUGAAUGAACAAGCUGAUGGCUUCAGUACUUCAGCCGAUGUUCAUGUCCUUGCAGCAACCAAUGCAAACUAUGCUGCUGGGCUGAAGAUCAAAGCUUACAUAAAUUCAACAGCAUCACCUAAAGCGACAAUCUUAUUUAGAGGAACUAUCAUAGGUGAACCAUCAUCUCCUUCUGUUGCUUCCUUUUCAUCAAGAGGCCCCAGCUUGGCAAGCCCAGGAAUUCUGAAACCAGACAUUAUUGGCCCUGGAGUGAACAUUCUAGCAGCAUGGCCAUUCUCUCUUAGCAAUAAUACUAAUUCAACAUCUACUUUCAAUAGAAUAUCAGGCAAAUCAAUGUCAUGCCCUCAUCUCAGUGGCAUUGCAGCCCUGCUCAAGAGUUCUCAUCCUACCUGGUCACCAGCUGCCAUUAAAUCUGCUAUGAUGACUUCUACUGGCCUAUUCAAUAUUGGAGGCAAACCCAUUGUUGAUGAAACACUACAACCUGCUGAUGUCUUUGCUAUUGGCACUGGCCGCAUUAAUCCAUCUAGAGCAGAUAACCCAGGAUUAAUACAUGAUAUCCAACCUGAUGACUAUAUUCCACAUCUCUGUGGUUUAGGCUACAAAGAUGAGGAAGUUGGGAUACUCGCACAUAGAUCAGUCAAGUGCUCAGAAAAGCCCAGUAUACCACAAGGAGAGCUGAACUACCCUUCAUUUGCCAUCAAACUAGGACCAUCUCAGACAUACACAAGGACUGUGACAAAUGUCGGAGGAAAAUCAUCUUAUGAAGUUUUGGUUAUAGCUCCAAAGGGGGUUGAUGUGAUUGUGAAGCCCAUCACACUAUACUUCUUGGAGCUAAAUCAGAAGGGAAAUUACUCAAUAACAUUUACUCGAGUUGAAUCAGCUUAUAAAAUAGGUGAAUUCACUUAAGGGUAUAUCGAAUGGGUCUCUACUACAUACUUUGUUAGGAGUCC